AUGUUAUCGGUUUUAAUAGUUGCAAAUUUAAAAAUAUUUUAUUCCAUGAAGGACGCGUGCGGUAAAAAACAAUUCAGAAUUGCAAUUGACGGACCAGCAGGGGCAGGAAAGACCACACUUGCCGGAUUGCUUGCCAAAACAUUGAAUUUCGAGCAUAUAAACACUGGAAUGAUAUAUCGUGCACUCUCUUACAUAUUAUUAAGCAAAUUUGCAAAUGAGUCUAUACUAGAGCUGGAAGAGACAAUAAAAGAAAAGAAAAACAGAAUUACUGAUAUAAUCAGCGCAUUUUCGCCUAGAAUAACCAAAAGCAGUGUGGUUGUAGAGGGCACUGAUAUAAUUGGAGAGCUCAGAACUCCCAGAAUAGAUUCUGCCGUGGGUAUUAUUUCAAAGUAUGAAAUAGUUCGAGAGAGAGUGAAAAUUAUACAAAAAAGCCUGAUAAGCGCACAUCCCCAGGUAGUAGUAGAGGGAAGAGACAUUGGAUCUGAAAUUAUUCCAGAUGCUGAACUAAAAAUCUACUUAGAGGCAUCUGUAAAAGAGAGAGCCAUUAGAAGAGAAAAGGAGAGAUCAAAAGACGACUCUAUAGAAAACCAAGAUAAGUUAAAGCAAAUCGAAAGAGAGAUAAAGGAGAGAGACUAUCUUGAUACAACCCGAGAAAUAUCACCGUUAGUUAAGCCAGCGGAUGCUAUAGUUAUAGAUAAUACAAGCUUAACAGUUAGUGAAACUGUAAGGAAGAUUCAAGAAAUAGUUGAAAAAAGAAUGAAAAUGUAAUAAAGGCA